UAAAAACCUGAGGAAAAACCCUCAUUUUUUCCCAAUAAAAUCACUUUUCUAUGAUUUAUUUAACAAGGAUAGCACCUCUGCCUCUUCUCUGUAACGAUCCUUUCAAUCUCCAACUAUGAGUCUUUAUCAAAACUUGCUUUUGAUCACAUCAGUUUCUGUAUUUCUCAGUGUUGCUUCAGCUUGCUCUGAUGGACAGUGCAGGCUGCUUGAUGAAUGUUCUUCUGAUGGUGAUUGUGAGGCUGGACUCUAUUGUUUCUCUUGCCCCCAAGGAUUUUCAGGUCCCAGAUGUGUAAGAUCAACCAUUACAGAUCAAUUCAAGCUUCUGAAUAACUCUCUUCCUUUCAACAAAUAUGCAUUCUUGACAACCCACAAUGCUUAUGCCAUCGAUGGAUAUCCUUUGCAUACCCCAGUUCCUCGCGUUACCAUCACAAAUCAAGAAGACAGCAUUACUGAUCAGCUCAAUAAUGGAGCCAGGGCAUUGAUGCUUGAUACAUAUGAUUUUGACGGAGAUGUGUGGAUGUGCCAUUCAUUUGGAGGAAAAUGCCAUGACUAUACUGCAUUUGGACCGGCUAUAGACUAUUUGAAGGAAAUUGAAGCUUUCUUAUCAGCAAAUCCAGAGGAAAUAGUUACAUUAAUCUUGGAAGAUUAUGUUGGUCCAAAUGGUUUGACAAAGAUCUUUACUGAUUCUGGGUUGAUGAAAUACUGGUUUCCAGUUUCAAGCAUGCCAAAAAAUGGUGAAGACUGGCCUCUGGUUAGUGACAUGGUUGCUAAUAACCAAAGACUACUUGUAUUCACUUCAAUUCAGUCCAAGGAAGCAAGUGAAGGAAUUCCAUACCAGUGGAAUUACAUGGUCGAAAAUCAAUAUGGGGAUGGUGGAAUGGAAGCAGGAAGUUGUCCUAACAGGGGAGAAUCAUCAGCUCUAGAUGAUAAUAGUAAAUCUUUGGUAUUGGUAAAUUACUUUCAUUCAUUGUCAAGCAAGUCAGAGACAUGCAAGGACAACUCAGGGGAUCUGAUAAACAUGCUUCAUACUUGCUAUGCUGCUGCUGGUAACCGUUGGGCUAACUUUGUUGCUGUUGAUUAUUACAAGAGGAGUGAAGGAGGAGGAUCAUUCCAAGCUGUGGACACUUUGAAUGGAAAGCUGUUAUGUGGAUGUGAUGAUAUUCAUGCAUGUGUGCCUGGAUCAACUUCAGGGGCCUGCACACCAAAAGAUCAAAUUCCAGGAAGAGGAAAUUCAUGGUCGAGGGAGUACUUUAUCAAGAUAUUAUGCAGCAGGUUGUUCCAGUAAUAAAU